AUGACGGUUGAACUGGCGCUCGUUGUGCCAUCGAAAGAAGAACCGUACGGAGGAGGAGGAGGCUAUUUUGGAGCAACAACUCAGGUGCCUCGAAAGAUCCCAUCGGAGACUGACAGACUUGAUCUGCAGGGCAAUAACAUCAGUGUCAUCUACGAGUCGGACUUCCAAGGAUUGGCGAAGCUGCGAAUACUGCAACUGACAGACAACCACAUCUACACCAUCGAGAAGGAUGCCUUGCACGAUCUGAUCUCGCUGGAGAGAUUGCGACUUAAUAGCAAUCGCUUAAAAUCUAUACCAGAUAAUUUUUUAUCCAGUGCCGUUAAUUUAUUACGAUUGGAUCUGUCACACAAUGCACUCACUGCCGUACCGAAACGUGCGUUCAAGGGAGCACCGGCGCUGCGCAGUCUUCAGCUGGACAACAAUCAAAUCACCUGCCUGGAUGAAGGUGCCGUGAAAGGACUAACAGAGCUGGAGAUAAUGACCUUAAAUAAUAAUAACAUCACCACGCUUCCGCGCGACAUGUUUGCCGGAAUGCCACGCCUGCGAGCGCUGCGCCUUUCGGAGAACCCGUUUGCGUGCGAUUGUCAUCUUUCCUGGUUGGCACGGUAUCUGAAGAAUGCAUCACGUCUGGCACCGUACACUCGGUGCCAUUCGCCCGGUCAGCUCAAGGGCCAGAAUGUGGCGGAUCUGCACGAGCAGGACUUCAAAUGUUCCGGCCUCACCGAGAACGCCCCGAUGGAGUGUGGCGGUCGAAGCCUCUGUCCCCAUCCGUGCCGCUGUGCCGACGGAAUUGUCGACUGUCGGGAGAAAAGUCUUAACACCGUACCGUCCACGCUACCGGAGGACACAACUGAGCUCCGGCUCGAGCAGAACUACAUCACCGAAAUUCCACCGAAAGCGUUCGCUAACCACCGGCGCCUUAAGCGGAUAGACUUGUCAAAUAACAAUAUUUCGCGAGUCGCCUACGAUGCCUUCAGCGGGCUGAAGUCCUUAACGUCGCUGUAAGUAUGCGACGACGCGGAAUCCGGAAACGGUGUCCCACUUCCUAGAGCACAACCCCAAAAAUCUGAGCAACACGAGUAGGACGUUAAAUUCUUAUCAUAAGUAAACAGAGUCGCCGUUUCCAUCCUCUUUACUAUGUCUAUAAAAAGCUCUCAGCCGUGGAAUCAACCGCUCCGAACACUAUCUCGAGCUCAUUCGCUCCCCCUCCUGACUAACGUCUUCUUUUGCAUGCAUUGGUGACCAUUUGCAGCGUUCUGUAUGGUAAUAAAAUUAAGGAUUUACCGGCGAGCGUUUUCAAAGGAUUAACCUCACUCCAGCUGCUACUGCUGAACGCCAACGAAAUCAGUUGCGUGCGAAGAGACGCUUUCAAGGUCCCGCACA